AUUUUAUAGAAGAAAUAGGUAGACAAAAGCGUUUAAAAUUAAAGCCUGUAGGAAAAAGAGUAAAUAAAUAGAAAUGAUUGACAGAUUUCUAAGGAAUCUAAAGAAAAGUUUCUAUUAAAGUUUUUUUUAGAUAUUGUUAAGUCAUUUCUUAAAUAACUUUUGGGGAAUUUUUUCCGAAGAAAGGAUGUUUCAAAGGAAAGCAAACCUUCCUACAAGACCUUCAAUCCCUUCGAAAGAGGAAAUUUUAGAAGAUUUAUCUUCCGCAAAUCUAGAUGAUGUUCUGUUCAAAAUCGAAACAGAAACUAACUUUACUGAUGAUAAUGAGGGAUUGAAUGGUACUAAAGAAUCAGAUGAUAACCAUCAAAAAGGAUCUAACCCAAUUGAAAGUCCUGAUCAAGCCUAUGAAAAGAUUUCUUCAUUUGUUGAUAAGAUGAAUAAUUUGGAAGAACGUCUCCUAACAUUAAAAAGGGAAAAAGAAAGUCUCUCUAAAUUAGAAGAAAGUCUUAUAGCAGAUAUGUCUAAAAUUCAAAAAGAAUUGCUGAAAAAGCAAUCUCCAUCUACAUGAAGAAUCUAUAUGAUUAAUGUCAAAGAUACUUGUAUAAAUAUUUAUUAAUAAAUUUAUUUGCCUUUUGGCUAAA